AUGGAUGAAGAAAUGUACUCACAUCAAAAGGUUGGUAAGUGGAAAUUAGUUGAUUUGUCAGCUGGAAGGAAGGCUAUUGGAAAUCGAUGGGUGUUUGCAAUUAAAUUGGAUAAUAACAAUGACAUUUUAUACCUUAAGAAAUCAAAUUUGCGGGAGAUUAGUGCUGAUCCUUGUAUGUAUUUUAAUGAAAACUUAAUCGUUUUAUUUCAUGUGGAUGAUGGAUUGAUAAUGGGACCUGGUGAAACAGUUCAUAAUUACACAAAACAAUUACAUGAAGAGUUUGAUAUGGUAGUAGGUGAAAUGGAUUGUUAUCUUGGCUUGCAAGACCAAAGAUUAAAUGAUUUUAUGAAGAUUAAUCAGACUGCAUAUGUGAAAAGAGUGUUAGCCAAGUAUCAUAUGACUGAUGCAAAGCCAAUAUCAUUAGCAAUUGAGCCUGGAUGGAUACCUCAUAAUUCACCACCAGCUACUGAUACCGAUACUUACCGGGAAAUUAUAGGCAGUCUCACAUAUUUAACAUUGGGCACACUUCCCAGAUCUAGCUUAUGCUACACAUCCACAGGAACAGACACCACACAUUUCCAGAUGACCAAGGCAGUCAAGGUGACCGUUCAUGAGAAACAGAAAAAUCUGGUUUCAAGUCCUGGUCCAGUGGAAUCCACAGUUGACCAUCUUUCAACAAUAAAGAAAGACACUAAUCAGCCACACCUUUGCUGGUUUUGCUCAAAGACAAUUUGCCAACUGUUUCUGAAGAUGCACUCCUAA